UACAGCGAUCCCAUAGAGCCUCCACCAUGGCAGACCACCUUCAAGUUCAGCAGCAACAACAACAGUUGGAGCUUCCACCGGGGUACAGGUUCCACCCUACUGAUGAGGAGAUCAUCACCUCCUACCUUGCCCCUAAGAUUCUCAACCCAGCGUUCGACGCCACGGCGAUCGGUGAGGUGGACGUGAACAAGAACGAGCCAUGGGAGCUUCCCAAGAAGGCCAAGAUGGGGGAGAACGAGUGGUACUUUUACUGCCAGAAGGACCGCAAGUACCCCACUGGGAUACGAACCAACCAGGCCACGAAGGCCGGCUACUGGAAGACCACAGGUAAGGACAAGGAGAUCGUCAAUCCACAUUGUACGUCCAUGCUCAUCGGCAUGAAGAAGACAUUGGUGUUCUACAAGGGCAGAGCUCCCAGCGGGGAGAAGACCAACUGGGUCAUGCAUGAGUACAGGCUCGAGAUCGGCAAGCAGUCAACAACCGGCCUGCCCACCGCCAUCACAAAUGCCGCUUCCAUUAACGCGUCUUCCAAGGAGUAUGUGGUUUGCAGGAUCUUCCAUAAGAACACUGGAAGUGGGCUGUCAUCCAUGGUGUCACAUGAGGACGUUGGGACCAGGCCGGGCAACAACGACCAGGGCAACGGCAGUGGAACAACCACCCACAAGAUCUCGUCUAUGAGCAUGGGUACAGAUGGGGCAUGUUGAAGUACUGAUAAUCAGAUGAUCCAAGACAAGAUAUAUAUGUGUGUGUGCAUUAAUUAAUCAUCCAUCAGAAGAUUGGUCGAUAUAUACCAACAUCUAUAUUGGUUUGCAGCGCAUUUUAUUUUUCAGCGUGAUUCCAACAGAGUGCAUGCACCACAUCAGAAGAUCGGUCCAUAUAUACCAACAUCUAUAUUGGUUGGCUCGUUUUGCUUGCCUCUCUUGUGCUAGUAUUGUGUGUAUGUGUAUCGGCUUGUACAUGCACCACAUAUCGGUGUAUAGCUAGCUACAUUUGCAUUGUAAACUUCCUAGGAGUGUACACCCUGCAUGUUUUAAACCUAG